CUUCGAUGGGUGCCGGUUAACGAAGCUUAAAGGAAUUAUUUGUAGCCACCACCUGCGUUGAAAGGCGAAUGUAACUCCCAAAAUCCUGCCAGUACAUACUUCCGAGUACUGUACAUUCCUGCUCUGCCUGCUCUACUUCCUUCCCGAUCCACCGACUGACAUAUCCCAUCCCUCCAUCCUUCUCCUUGUUCUCCGAUCCCGCUUCCCUAUUCACCCUGCUGCACUCCGAGUAGCCUAGCCUGAGCUCUCUCUCAGUCUCGUAUCCGCCUUUAUUAUCCCUCUCCACUCUCUCUAACCUUCAAAACCCAAACACGCGGCCGGUCGGACUGGACAGACCGACAAACGGACGGAGAGACGCUGCUCGCAUCGGGUGUGAAACUUUCGGAUUGCGCUUCGGAGAGACCGUUGCCAGCGCCUAAAUGAAGUACACUUCGUUCCUGGCAUGCUCGGUGUUAUUGGCCUUCAAGAGCCUAGUUGCCGACGUCGUCAGUGCUGCCGAUACUACACCAGCAGCUCUCCCGCCAGCAAGAAGCAAUACCAGACCUCGCUCCUUCAAGUUCGAGAAGGUCAACAACAAUCCGCUGAAUCUCCCCCGACGGCUAAGGCCGAGGAAACGGGCGGAUACUGUGUUGCAGCGGCUGGAUAAUCAGGAUUUCCUGUACUAUGCGGAUGUUAAACUGGGCACUCCGGGCCAGUCGCUGAGGCUACAUCUCGAUACUGGAUCUUCGGACAUCUGGGUGGAGAGUGCGGAGUCGGAGCUGUGUCAACAAUCGGAUGAUCCAUGUAGCAUCACCGGCACCUUCGACACGGACAAGUCGUCGACGUAUAAGAGAGUGUCGGGCGACUUCCAGAUCUCGUAUGUGGACGGCGAAUAUGCGCAGGGCGACUAUGCGAAGGAUGUGUUUCACUUGGGUGAUGGGACUAGUGUGACGGGCGUCCAGUUUGGCAUCGGACUGGAGUCGACUUCUACCGAAGGCAUCAUGGGUAUUGGGUUCGAGCAGAACGAGGUCCAGGUCCAGAGACUCGGAAAGGAUCCGUAUCCCGGUCUGGCGAAUCUCAUGGUGCAGCAAGGCUUCAUCAAGUCCCAGGCCUACAGCCUAUGGCUUAACGAUCUCGAUUCCGACGAAGGCCAGAUCCUGUUCGGCGGUGUGGAUACUGCGAAGUUCCGGGGAAAUCUCACAACCAUUCCUGUGGAUAAACGGACGGGCGCCACCAAAGCGAGGGAAUUCAUGAUUACACUCACCGCGGUCGGCCUCACGAACGCAGACGGCAAGCAGGCCACCCUCACCGCGAGCGAUUUUGCUAUCCCGGUUCUGCUCGACACCGGCACGACCUACACAUACCUGCCCACCGAUCUUUGGAAGGAGCUGUGCAACCAAGUUGGAGCGCAGGUUGCCGACAGGACUGGGGUUCCGAUUGUGCCUUGUAACAUCCGCGACUACAAUGGUACCGUGGACUACAGCUUUUCGGGGGCGGUCAUCAACGUUGCCAUCAAUGAGCUCGUUGUGGAUGCGUUUUCGUAUGAUGGCAGUCCUGCCGCGUUCAGUGAUGGCACUCCGCUGUGUUACUUUGGCGUGUUGGACGCUGGAUCGGACAACAACGUACUCGGCGAUACCUUCCUCCGAUCAGCCUACAUCGUGUUCGAUCUCGAUAACGAAGAAAUCAGCAUCGGCAAGGCCCUCUUCAACGUCACCGACUCCAACAUUGUCGAAAUCGGCACAGGCACGAACCCGGUCCCCGACGCCACCGGGGCAGCCAGUGCCGUUACCGUCGCACCAACCGGCACCGGCGGUGGACGGAGCGGAGGCUUGCCUUACGUUUCGGGGGCCAUCACCAAUACCGCCCCGAGUGCAACAGCGACGAAGAAGUCCGCUGCAAGCUCGUAUCGAUUUACUUGGGCUACCCUCACUCUUAGUCUAGCGCUCAUGCUUUCCGGUAUCGUCUACUGUUGAGAUAUAUCUAUCUUGGCGGUGUGAGGGCGGGCGUCGCGAAUUGCGAAUUGUGAAUAUGAUUCUGUAACGGUAAAUUCGGCGCAUUGGGUGGCUGUCACUGUGGCUGGCUGGCCAGUUUUUUCCCUUUUCCUUCCCAUAGAGCCGUUUCUCACUCUAUUGUGCAUACGAGAUGGAGUUUGUUUAUUGGGUGGGGGUUUUACUUAAUGGACUUGCUUCGGGAGGUGAUUCGUGAUGGGCCAAUAGAUGGGGCUUCCUUUUUUUAAGGAAUUAUUGGGCGCGAGGGAUGAGGGAUGAGGGAUGAGGGACGAUGACGGGCGAUGGACGAUGGACGUUGGACGAUGCAUGUGUAUAACUGCUGGGAAGUAGUUUAGAGUACAAAC